GCAGUUGGGUUGCACCUAAACUCCGUUUAUUAUUAACAGCGACGGUACCUGCAUGGUCGACCUUUGGUUGAGUUAAAGCAAAAUUUAGUAAAUUUGCCGGCAAAUUAAAUAAAUAAAAUUUUUUCAAGUCCAAAAUGAAUUCUCUCAGAAAAUGUACUAUUGGGAAUGUUUUGUUCUCAAGAUUUGUCCAAGAAAAUAAAAGUUUACUAAAUGUUCGUUAUCUUUACAAUGAUCAGUUUCUUGGGAUUGACAAAUAUGUUGAUGCAAGGCAGAGAACUAUUACUAGAUUGGGAAAUAUGAGAGGAAAUUUUUUUAACCGUAUGAAAGCACAAGUAACUAGCACUGUUCCAUCUAUGAUAUUUACUGAAGAUUUAAAGACUGUAAUUCAUUCAUGUGAAGAUACUCCAGAAGAUAUAGAAGUUUCUAUUCAAAUGAUUAAAAGGUAUCACAAACAGAACAAAGAAUUGAGGUUUGGGACAUUUAUUUUUGGACCUGUAACAAUGAGGUUGUUUUAUUAUCUUAAGAAACAAGACAUGAUUUAUGAUUUUUUCAAGGAUCAAGAACUGGAAGGAUUCUUUGAUCAAUUGAAAUCAUACUAUUUAGGCAUGGAUAUUUAUUUCAAGAAUGGAAAAUAUGAAGAAAUUUUGGAUGCAUUUGAUCAGUUGCAGGCUAAAAAGAUAGCAGAAACUAAAUUUCCCAGAGAAGGAGUAGUUCUGGCUACAGGGGCUUGCUAUAAACUAAAUACUCCAGAAACUUUCCAAAGAGCAACAGAGUUGGUAACAUUGGCAAGAGAAGCUAGAGUUCCUGUUCUAAGAAAAGCUCUAACUUUUGUAGUGGCUUUAGCUUUGAAUCAAAAUAAGCCAGAUAUUGCCUUGGAAAUCCUUUCUAGUAUAGACCGCUAUAAUAAUAUUACUGGUAAUAAUCUAAAGUUGUUGGCCUAUGCAGGUUUAGGCCGUACUCAAGAUGCAUUUAGUAUUCUUCGUCAAAUAACAGACCAAGAUGCACCUAUUCAAUCUAGGAUACGAGGUGAAGUUUGUCAAGCAACAUUGGAUGCCAUAGAAGAAGCAGUUAAAAAAGUGCAAGACACAGAAACAAGUCAUAUAUUUGAACAGCUGAGCCGUUCAUUGAAGGAAAGCAAUCUAAUCUCCAGCCAAACUAUUGAUGAACUUGUGUGCCUUCCAAUUGAACCAAGAGCAUUUCCUCGGGAUGACUUUACUUUUGGACAAAGAAAUCGCCGGUUUUCCGACCAAGGAGGAGUUGGACUUAAUCAAAGAAAUCGUCGUUUCCCGGAACAGUCCAUGAGAGAGAGAGAAUUUUCUGAUAACGAUGGAGGAUUUCCCAGACGCAGACGUUUUGCUGGAAUCGCAGAUGAUUAGUUUUGUUUAUUGAACUUGUUAAAGAAAUAAAUAAAAAAGUUGUCAUUUACUCUGGCAUUGUAUUAUAACAUAAAAUGCAAUUUUUUAGCUUUCAUAUUUAUCAGCUGAAUUACAAAUAUCACAGGAUGAUGAAUUAGUAAUCCAAGUGUCAAUUCUUAUGUAUAGUUAUAGGUUGAAUAAAAUUUUUGUUCUCAA